UUUCGUAUCUUGUAUUUUGGAAGAUGGAUUUGAAGAAUCACAGUCUUUUGAAGUUUGUAAGGAGGAAAAGUGUACUUUCGAGGGCCACAUCUAUAUCCUCCCCUAGCCUUGGUCCUUUCGAGGCGGUGACGGGGGGCGAGAUGGUAUCCCGGCGGCGUAUCCUGUCGCGUUCGCGCGACGACCUCACACAGGCCAUCUCCAACCAGAUGGAGGAGGAAGAAGACGUUUGGUACCAGAAGGACAAACUUUAUAAGGAACACAUACAGGAAGUGCUAGACAAAUGGACCCAGAUCGACGACGAGAUCUGGGCGAAGGUGAUAGUGUUCGAGCGCAACCGGCGCGUGGCCAAGGCGUAUGCGCGUGCGCCGGUGCUGACCAUCAACGGGUCGGACGACGGCUUCGAUGGGAUGAGAAUCGGCCUUUGCGGGUUCGACAAUCCUCACAGAGACCAGAAGACAGAAGAAUUAAAAAGACAUAUAGGACAGGGAGUAAAAAUCAAAAUGGACGACGCGGGUAACAUACUCAUCAGACGCUAUUCAAAGAGUAGUGUGUUCGUGAAGAGUACUGCGGCCACCACCAACGAAGAGACUGCCAUCGGCCAGGACAUAAUCAAGCUGCCGGGGUAUGCGCUUGAACAGGAGAAGAUAUUCAAGCUAUUCGACAUGAAGAGAUUCCAAUCGAACGUGAACCGGGAGCUGCGCCGCUCCUACCCGGACCGUCGACGGCUUGAAACACAGUGCCUCAGCGCCAUCGGCUUCGUCAAGUCUGAGAGCGACUUACUGGAGUGCCCUAUCUGGGUGCUUAUCAUCAACGUUGUAGCCAUGGAUAUGCUGAAAUCUAAGCUGCCACCAGUCCAACGUCCCAUGGACAUCAAGAACCGUCCGCGUAUCCCGAUCCCCGACGAGGACCCCUACAGUAUCGCCAGCUCCAACGCCAACUCCGGGUCCUCAGGCAGCUCGGGCUACGGGCUGAACGGCCACGGCGUGGUGGCCGCCACCAGGGAACAGCUCAUGAUGCAGAUGGGACAGAGGAGGGGCGACAAGCCCCCGAAACUGCCGCCGAGGGAGAAUGGAUACGGGCCUGCUGAUAUUCCCAAGCCGGAUUACGACGACAUAGAGGACGGCCGCCUGCCGCAGCUCGCUCGCGGGAAGUCCGACAAGGGGAAAGACAACAAAAAAUACGAUGACCCGUACUACUGCGGCCUGCGCGCCCGCGUGCCGAACUUCGUAAAAACCAACGCCAAGCACAUCCUCCCCGCCAUGACCGAGCGCCUCACACUCAAGGACGCGCCCGUCCCAAGCAAGCGCUUCAGCGUGGCCCACGCGCACCCGGCCUUCCCGCCGCACCUGGCCCCGUUCGCUCACGCCCCCAUGCCGCCCCAAGCUCUAUGGCAUGCCCGUUCUUACGAAAGCGGAAUCGGUGCGUACGGUCCGAGGAAAGAGAAACUCAUGUACCAAUUCUAUCCCGACAGGGAGCGCCGGCUGCGACCGCUCGUCAUCCAACAACCCCGCUAGUGUACAUAAGACUAACCCGCACUUUGAAGGCUCUUCGCUCCAAUCUUGAUGGAGAGCAUUAUGACCCCUAUGCGUUGUACGGCCGUCUGCCCAUGCCUGGCCGCGGCUUCCCUCCCCCUCCGCCGGCGCACGCGCGUCACAUGUUCAUCGGAGAGUGGGACUAAAAUGCACCUUAAACCCUACACAGUAGAGACAUAUUAGCUUGUAUUUAUAGUUUAUGCGGCAAAAUUGUUGCAUAAAACAUAAUUUAGCCGAAUAAACUAUAGCCACCUGAAUGUUAGUCGAUUAAUGUAACUGUAAGGAGUAGGUAUUGUCACAUUGAUGUUGUUGAAGGAUAUGUGUGGCAAAUAUAAGUUUUUAUAUUUAUUUUGUGGACAGGAAUGCUUUAUAUCAAUGUGACUGUAUCUGUGAGUCUAGAUGAACGGUUUUUUGUAAAUAUUUACUUUGUUGUAAAUUUGUUUGUACAGUAGCGUAAUCUGUAUUUUAGAUUUUUGUAUUCUGUUGCGUUUUUUGUUUGGACACAAAAUGCGUCCUUGGCUUUAGUUAUGUUUAUACAUUUUGAAAAUUUUUAUUCGAUUUUAUGUAUUAUCCAUUUUGGAAAUAAGCUAUAAUGUAUCUAGAGUAAUAGUUAAGAAGUAGAUGUUGGCAGAAUAUUUUCUGACACAUUUAAUUUAAACUAGUUACUAAAAUAAUGUAACAAAUCACUGCCACUUGAUUUUACAUUUCUAUAUUAUCUUAUGAAAUGUUUUAUAUUUAUUAAUUAGGUGUCAAUCCUAGUCAAAAACUGGGUUGGGAAAAAUGAAAAUAAACACAGGCGAAACAAAUGAACCAUGGUGUUUUUCAAUAUUAUGACU